AUGGAUUCUGUUCAAUUGAGCCAACAAAUGAAACAAUUUCGACUCUAUUUACGACCCAUUAUCAAUACAUUGAAUAAAUGUCUUCAAUUAUCUUCUGCUUUUCAAGCAAGUGCUAAUCGAUUCUUCUGUGAAGAUACUCAUCGGAUUGCAACGCUGAUUCUCGAAUGUUCAUACUAUCAAUAUGAUCUUGAAUCAACGCUAACUCGUCGAAAUUUUGAUUAUCAAAAACACAUCUGUUUCUCAAAUUUAACGCCUGAUCAAAUGUAUGCUCAUUUUCUCGAUAAUCAGAAAACAUCCAAUCAUCAUUCGAUAGUCGAUACAAUUCGUGAACUAUCGUUGGAGGAAACGAACGAAUAUUGUUCGGAGAAAAAAUUGCGUCCAAAAAUCGAUCAACCGAGGAAAUUCACUUCGGAUUAUCAAAUCCGACCAUAUCACAAUCAAGUUAUUUUUAUCUGGACUCGGAUAAUAACUGACAAUCGAAUGGAUUGCUGGUUGGAUCAUUGA